AUGGCUCGGCGGGUGGUGCUCGCGGUUGCUGUCCUUCUCGGCUGCGGCAUGCUGAUGUCCGCUUUUGUGCCCUUCUCGCCGAUGGCCAUCCGCCCCGCGGAUCAGCAGCCUGCAGCGCUGGGAACGGCGAUGACGCCUGACGACAGGAUUGUCCUGCCGAGUGGGUGUUGCAUUCUCCACUGUGAUUCCAAUGUCGCAAUAGCUGAAGGGCAGAACUGCAGCAGCAGCAACAAUCAGUCACUGAACAUGUUGUCUUACACGUUGCACGGUUCGAAUGCUCACCGCGUUGCUGGAUGGAGCAUCAAAGAGUGGCUGAAGUUUAUAGGCUCUCUCGGGGUGGGUGCCAAGUUUGUGUUCCAGGUGGGCUCUUUUGGUGCAUUUUUGGACGAGGUGCUCCCGUUAUUGAAAGGCAUGGACCCGCAUCAGGCGCAACAGUGGCAAGGAGUCACUGCAGAGGCCAGACGGUGCAACGUUGACAAAUUGAAGGAAGCAUAUGUUGAGCAGCUAUCAGCAGGCACACUUCGCAUAAUACAUACUGCUGUUACAGAUGUUUGUCAUGCUUCCACAUUAAAAUUUGUCGUACCCAGCCCAGCUUUCUCGGGGGGCAACGAAAAGUUCAAAUGGAAAUUCGGAACCGGAACGAUCAAAGAUAGUGAGAACGGGCAGAAAAUGCAGACGUGGGGCGAAGGCCAGUUGGAAGAGCUCGAGGUUCCAUGUGGCACAACAGACUAUGUUAUGCGCUUCGGGAACGUCCCAGAAUCACCAGAGUUUGUGCAGGUUGAUGCCGAAUCGCACGAUGCGCAUAUUCUGACUGGGAUAGAUUUCACCAAGUUCAGUCCCAAACUGAUUCGAUGGGAAAGUCUUCCAAACAUGGAGAAGAAAGACAUUUUGCUGGACAAGCUAUAUAGCCAUGGCUACGUCACCAUAAAAACUGAUGUCGGCGCAGAUCCGUCCGCGGUUCGGCCAGAUGUUUUGUUCGCAGCGGUUGGAAUGACUGUUUAG